AUGUCAGUCUUCAACAUCUCUGAAGUGGAAAUAUCUACCUUCUUCUUGAUUGGGAUACCAGGGAUGGAGUAUGCUUACAUUUGGGUGUCUAUCCCAAUAACUCUUACGUACUUUGCUGCCAUCCUGGGGAACAGCACCAUCAUCUUUUUUAUAAAAACAGAGACCUCUCUGCAUGAACCUAUGUAUUACUUUCUCUCUAUGCUAUCAUUCUCUGACCUAGGACUGUCCAUCUCCUCUCUUCCUACCAUUCUGAGAAUCUUCUUGUUCAAUGCCACAGCAAUUUCCUCAGAUGCUUGCUUUGCACCAGAGUUUUUCAUUCAUGUAUUUUCAACUAUGGAGUCAUCAGUACUUUGUAUCAUGUCUGUGGACCGCUUCAUAGCCAUCAACAGUCCUUUAAAAUACACUUCUAUCUUGACCAGUGACAGAGUCAUUAAAAUUGGCCUUGUAUUUGCUACAAUAUGUAUUUUAGGUUUCCUCCCUUUCCCUUUUAUCCUUAAGAGGCUCAAAUUCUGUAAGAAAAGCCUUUUAUCCUACUCUUAUUGCCUCCACCAGGAUGUCAUGGAGCUGGCCUGCUCUGACAACAGGGUCAAUGUCAUCUAUGGAUUUUUUGUGGCUCUUGUAUCUAUAUUCUACUUGGUAUGCAUUUCUAUAUCUUACAUGCUGAUCCUGAAGAUAGUUCUGAGCAUUGCCUCACACAAAGGACAUCUCAAGGUCAGCUAG